GUUGUAUUGAUAGGCUGUAAGAUACUGUAGAUUAACAGAAAAGCAGUCCAAUGGUGUACCCACACCUGCAUCAUUAUACCCACCAGGCCCUAUGCGCGAGAAACACAAGCUAAGCUGGUCAGAUUUAGGUUUUAAGACGAAUGGGAAGAAGUCAAAAACUAUACUAUCUGAACAGAAUGGCACUAUCUACUCAGGGGAAAUGAUGGCUGUAUUGGGACCUUCAGGAGCUGGUAAAUCUACAUUUUUGGACGUUAUAAGUAAAAAAGCUAAAGGUUCUCCUGGUACUAUCAUAUCAUUUAAUGAUGAUCCUAAAUUUGAUAUGAGAGAACUAGCACAAUAUGUUGAACAAGAUGAUGCUCUUAUUGGAGUUUUAAGUGUACGUGAAACUAUCGAAUUCGCCGCAAAAUUGAGUUUACCAACGAAUAUAACAAGAGGAGAGCUAUUAAAAAGAGUUGACGUUACAAUGAAAUCUCUCGGUAUUAGUGAAAUUGCGAACAAUAGAAUAGGGACACCAAUACAGAGAGGUAUUUCAGGAGGACAAAAAAGGAGGGUAACAAUAGCAUGUGCAGUUGUAUCGCACCCUCGUAUACUUUUCUUAGAUGAGCCAACGUCAGGUUUAGAUAGUCAGACAUCACAGGAAGUUAUGCAAUCAAUAAAGCAACUGGCCGUUGAGCAAGGUAUUAUAGUAUUGUGUACGAUACAUCAACCAAAAUGGGAGAUAUUUCAAAUGUUCGAUCAAUGUUUACUUCUUGCAUCAGGGAAGACAAUGUAUCAAGCGCCUACAAUUGAAUUGAUAAACUACUUUGAUUAUCUUGGAAAACCAUGUCCAGCAUAUACAAAUCCAGCUGAUCAUGCAAUUAGUCUAGUUAACACUGAUUUCUCAAAUAAGAAUCCGGGAUUUGAUAGUGAAAAAUAUCUAACUGGUUUAUCACAAAAAUGGAAAUCAUAUUCACGGAAUGGAUCAGGUAGUACCGCUGAAUUAAAGGAUGAUUAUACAGAUAUGAAAACACCUAGAACACCAGCAGAAUCACUUUUUACAAAUAAAUCAAAUAGUCCUUCAACUAUGAUUAUGAGAUCAAGAACAUCAGAUUUCUAUAAUUGGUGUUACAAAGUUACAGUUCUUUGUCAUAGGUCACAGUUAAAUAGUCAACGUAAUUUACUUGCAUAUACAGCUAGAAUGGCAAUGUAUAUAAUGAUGGGUUUAUUAAUUGCAACUGUUUGGUUACAUCUAGGUACAAGUUCAGAUAAGAUCAAUGAAAGAUUAUCAAUACACUCCUUUGGUGUAACAUUUAUAGCUUUCAUGAGUGUUUCUGGAAUACCAUCAUUUCUGGAAGAAAGAAUGGUCUACGUUCGUGAAAGAGCUAACGGAUUAUAUGGACCUUCAGCAUUCUUAAUAAGCUCAACAUUAAUAACAAUACCAUUCGUAUUCGUUUGUUGCUCACUUUUCUUACUUAUUGUUUAUUGGGCAGUUGAUUUAAAACCUGGUGCUGAUACUUGGUUUAGAUUUUUAGCUUAUUACUUUUUGACGUCAUUCGUAGCAGAAUGUCAAUCAGUUUUAAUUGCAGCAUUAAUACCAGAUAACGUUGCAGCUAUUAGUUUAGGAUCAUUCAUAAAUGGAUUUUGGAUGUGUGUUCAAGGAUAUUUCAUCAGAACACCAAAUCUACCAAAAUUCUAUUAUUAUUUCGUGCAUUGGAUCUCAUUUCAAACGUACGGAUUUGUUUUAAAUACGAAGAAUGAUCUGGAGGAUGUUUUAUUUAGCUGCACACAAUCAUCUGAAGGUCAAUGUCAAUGCUCAUAUCCUUCUUCCUUACAGCAAAAAGGUAUUUGUGCACUUCCAGGUGAAGACAUAUUAGAAUACCUUGAAAUUAAGGAUAAAAAUAAGGUUUUAUUCGCGUUCGCAAUGUUGAUCAUUGCAGUUGUUUAUCGUUUGUUGUUUUACCUUGUUAUACGAAUGACCAAAAAGUAAUGUAUGAAAUAAC